GUUAAGACAACAACAAGAAGGUUACACCAUGGCAAUAGUGUGGAUAGCGUUCCUAUUGUCUGCCAUCAUGUGUACAGGUGCCCAGUACAUUUAUUUAAAUGAAAACAAUGACUAUGUAAGUAAUUAUGAGGUAAUGGUACAGAUUCAAAGACUUAUGACUCAACAAGGAAAGAUUCGAGAAUCUGUGGAUUCCCUAAGGCAGAUGUUUGAGAGACUCAGUACCCACAGUGGUGUUAAAAUCAUCAAGAAAGGAUGUGAUCCGGGCUGGGUGAAAUAUAAAACUCACUGCUACUUUAUUGGCAAGAGAAAGGUCUCCUGGAUUGAGGCAAUGUAUGAAUGUGAAGCGAGAUGUUCCCAUGUGGUAGAAAUAGAAACUAAGGAGGAAUCUGAUUGGCUAGCUCGGACUCUUCUCUUUAACG